AUGCUUGCCCGCGCCGCCAAAAGCCCGACCAUCGUCCCCUCGCGAAAUGCUCUCCGAGUGCUACGCCAAUUGGCCCUAGCCGGCUCAACAGUCGGUGGGUUCUGCACCGUCGCAGCCUUCACGUACGAAGCACAUCGCCGGGUCCGGAUCGCCGAGAAGAUCAUCGACAACAAAAGAACAUUACACAACACUGCACCAAACUACGAUGCAACUUCCGCUGCCAAAAGAUUAAAGGUAAUGGUUGAAGCAGCAGAGUCAGGCGAGUUCAUGGGCAUUGCGUCUCUCAAGUCAAGGAACCGGAACCUACCUGAUGGACCAGAUGAGCCGAUGUCAGAAAAAGAAACAGAAGCCGCCAAAUAUCCGAAGCCCAAGCCCAUGAUAUCUUUAGAAAAGCACCAUGCUCGCUUUAAGAGUUCGCUCUUUGGGGACCAUGAACCCAAUUCAUUCUACCACAAGAAAAUGCUCGAUACACAAAGCUUGGCUCGGAAUACUGAGAUUUUGGCCCAGGAGAAACAGCAAGCUGAAAAGGCACAAGAGAACGGGACGCUCCCCCUGGAAGCAGAAAUUCGCAGAUUGAUCAAUGAAAAUCGGGAUAUCAAUGCCGCGAAUUUGUUCUUGGCGGCCACCCAGUAUACAGAGGGUAUUUCGUUGGAACGGAGAGAGCUUGCAUGCUAUAUCUUUACCGCGAAUUGCAUCAAAGGAAACAUGUUCGUUGCUCGAACUUUAUUCCAUCGCUUGGACAAGAUUAGUUUCGUCUCAGAGGAGAUGUGGGCCACGCUGAUGCAUUUACUCGCGAAAGAGGGCCACAUUGACUCUGUUGGUGUCCUCUACGAUAAGUUCAGGACGCGUUUUAUUGUUCCCACGCAUUUAUUGGAGGUUGUUCUCCGAUGCCUCAUCGAGUCCAAACGGUUGGACUCCGCAAAGUACCUCUUCUUCCUGCGCUUCAAGGAUGACCGUGACUGUGGGCUGUGUGGUGCUUAUCUUGAUGGAAUAUGGAGGAAGACCAGGAGUAUGGAGCUGGUUUCUGCACAGCUCAAUCUAAUUAUUGGCCGUCUUGAAUACCUUGGCCGAAAGCCAACUGAGAAGCUUUUCAACCCAGUGGUCAAAGCCAUGGUAGAAACAGGCAGAGCCGAAGAAGCCGAGGCUUUGGUGAAAACAAUGGGGGAAACCUAUGGAGCCAAUCCUGGGUGUCGUACAAUUGGUUUGAUUGUUUACAGCCGAGCCCUCAAGUGUGAAUGGGACAGAGUUAUGGACGGAAUGCGCGCAAUGCAUGCGCACGGAUACACUUCCAACAAAAAGGACUUCACCAUCGUGUUUGAUCGCGUGUUCCUGGAAUACUACCCCACCCACUCGGCUGAUCAAAUCUUCGACUUCCUCAUCUCUUCUAUCAACGAUUUCGAUAUCGUACCGGACAGAGUCCUCCACCGACACAUGCUUGAGGCCAUCAUUGAAAAGGGCACCGAGGACAUGAUCCAUACGAUCACGGAUAUGGCCAAUCACCGCCAAUGGAAUACUGGUCUCAACGAGUCUGAAAUCAAAUCACUUGUCAAGUCUCGACGACUCGCAAUGACUGACAGCCCGGUCGGAGUCUGGCGGAUGAUGCAAGCCGCCAAGGGCUCAUCAUCACAUUCCGCUUCUUCCCGGCGAAUCCUUGGAUCUAGCUCCGAAACUUGGGCGGUGCGCGGGGAGAAGAUUGCUCCAAUCCACGUUCAAGCCGAAGCAAUCUUCCCUAAAACGCUGCGCGAUAUGGUGGCCUCUAAAAGCGCUAGUUCGUACGUUCCACUUCACAAGCGAAUGGAGCACUGCAUCAACAUGGGACAACACACUGAGGCUUUGGCAAUAUACGAUCAUGCGAACAAGGGUGGUUUCAUUAUGAGGCCAAUUCAUUUGACAUUGGCUGUCAUCGCUGCGCUCCUUGGAUGCAAAAAGACAGGUAUCGCGAACGCGCGACGCUUAAUCACUUCCGAAUGGGGCUACUGGAAGAGUGUUCCUUCCCUCCGCUACUCAAAGCGUUUCACUGCAUGGACUCCACUCUUCUUCCAACGAGUCAUGAAGGUGGACCCAAGGGCUAUCGGGCGUGGCGGCUUGAUCAAAAUGGCCAUGUUUGAAUACUACACCGUAUGCGCCAACACCCACGACCUUCUCGUCAAGCACUUCUGUGCCGCUUCCUCCAGCCGUUUCCUCAUUGCAGAGGGAAGCCCACAACUCGCCGUCGAUCUCCUCACCACAAUCUAUCAAUCUCGCUGGCGCAUCUCCCACGGCUUUGACCAAGUCCUCUUGAAGAUGUUGUUGCGUGGUUUUGCCACACUCCGAAACCUCAAAGGUGUCUGGUGGUGCGUUUUGACGGUGCUUUCACGCAACGAGCCUAUCAAGCAAGACUUCGUUACAGAGGCCACCGCCCAACUGGGCACACUCGAAAAUGCCCUGUCAUCUACUGCAUCUGACGAAGAGGUGAAGCAAGUCCAGAUCCUCCGGGAGGCCGUCGAGGCGCUGGAAGCCAAGCUUCAAGGCGACCCGCAUUGGACAACCAUCAGCGGCCACCCGCAGUGGAAAAAGUCGAGACGCGCUCAAAAAUUCAAGCUCACCACUAAACAACAUCUGCUUCCGACUAAAAGUCUAAAGCACUUGGUAAUGAAAUUUGAUGAAGAGCAGGAGUUGGAUUUGUUACUGCAGCGCAAGCAGUUUGGCGUCGUUGAACAUAAGAAGUGGUGGGCUGAAUCUAACCUCUCACGACUACACUCUGCGCCUGCGGAGGAUUCUCAGUAUCCAUCAUACGAGAGUGAGGCUUGGGAUGGCCACUAUGUGCCUGAGGCGUAUUCCGGUGACUACCACCUUGAAUUUACACCAAAAGGGCAGCUUGGGCAUUGA